ACGAGUAUUGAAGAGAUUGUCAUCCAAGUGCCUGGCAUACCCUGAAUUGAACCUUGAAAGCGUCCAACACGUUUUUACUACGCUUCCUGCACCUCGCCUCCGACGACAAUCCGAGCUGGCGUCUAAGGUAGAAAUCGUAGCGUUUGGGAGCACAUAAAAAGUGUCACCGCGAGAACUUCCAGAGAGUAAAGCUACUAAGUUAGUGGCGCCCUCCUCAUGUGGGCCGGUAUGUAAAUAAACUACUUGUGCCGCUCUUGUAAACAAAUUACAUAUGUUGCUUUCGCUAGUGAUUGCGAGUGAAAGUACGUAAGCUAAGUGAGUCAGAUUUUAUUUAUUGUUAUAAAUUGUUACAGCAUAUAUUUUUACGAGAUUCAACAUAUAAUUAAAUUGUUGAAGUUUAAAAUGGGAGACAUCGCCGGCACCAGUUAUGAAUUAAAUCAUAUGGAAAAUAUCAUGGUAUGGCGUAUGGAAAAUAAUGUCUCUUGUGGCACGAUAGUAUUGUGAUUACUGUUUCUGCAUAUUUCAUCUUCAAAAUUUGUAUAAGAAAUGUCGUCAGCGAGUGACGAGCGUAGCGAUGAAACCAGUGAAGACAGAAGCGAGGAGUCUGCUGAACAAAACGAAAAUGAGCCGAAAUCCGGACAAUGCAAUUUUUUCGUUGCCCGCAAAAAGAGAUUCUGCAAAAUGACAGUUCGUAAAGGUGAAAAAUUUUGUGGCGAACACAGAAAUCCCGAUGUAUUCAAGGAAAAUGAUCUUGUUAUUCGUGUGCCAUGCCCCCUUGACAAUAAACACACUUGUUAUGCUCAUUUACUAAAGAAACAUAUGAAGAAAUGCAAUGCAAGAUGUCUGAAUCAACCAGAUUAUGUAAUGAAAAAUAUUAAUCGUGGUAUGAACCCUUGUGAAACUUCUGUGAAGGUAACUUUAUCAUCAGUUGAAAAUGAUGUGAUUACUCAACUAAUAAAGAAGAUAAAAUUGGCAGUUGUUCCAGCUGUUAAAACGGACAUAUGCAACCAUCCUGUACUUUCAGAGGAGUUAAGCAAUGAUCAAUAUGGUGCUUCAACUCGUAAACACUUAUUGCAAAAUUCAUCCUUAUUAGGUCAUCUAUCAAAUUUGGGUGUCUUGAAUCCAGAGACAUGUUUUAUUGAAUUUGGUGCUGGGAGAGGUCAAUUAAGCUAUUGGAUUGGUGAAGCAAUGUCACAACAGGGGAUGCCUUGUCUUCUGGUACCUGUGGAUCGUGCUAACAAUAGGCACAAGUUUGAUAGCAGACAUCGGAAUGAAGAUGCAGUCAAGAUACUUCGCUUGCGUGUAGAUAUUGCUGAUUUGUGUCUUGCAAGAGUACCUGAAAUAAAAGAUAGUGGAUCAAUAGUUGCUAUAUGUAAACAUUUGUGUGGAGAUGCUACUGAUCUUGCACUACGAUGUUUGGCAUCUUCAAAUUUAAGCAACAUAUCAGGGAUAAUAAUGGCGCCAUGUUGUCAUCAUCGUAUUGAUUGGAAUACUUACGUAGGUCAAGAGUUUCUUCAGGAUCAUAACUUCAGUGUAGAGGACUUCCAGUUGAUGUCCAGUCUGGCCAGCUGGGCUACAUGUGGUCAAUCAAACUUCAACAGAGGAAAAGAGUGUAAACCAACAGACAGACUUGCUGGUUUGAACGUUAGUCCUCAAGAAUGUGAAGACAUUGGUCGCAGAUGCAAGCUUCUGUUUGAUUGUGGUCGUUUGCGAUACUUGGAAAAGUUUGGAUAUAAAUGCAAAAUGGUGUACUACACUGAUAAAAAUGUUUCUCCAGAAAAUGUAUGUUUGAUUGCAUCAAGCAAUCCAUUGGAUAUUGAUUUUCUGAACUUGUUCUAAUUUGAGGGCCAAAAACUAGAAUGUUUGCAUCCAACAAUUCAUUUCAUUAUGUGUUUAAACUGAUUUUACUCAUCAGUGGGAAAAAUAAUCAUAGUCCUAAUUUAGCAGUUCUGUUCUUGAAUUUUGAGACAGUUUCUUUCUAAUGAAUUUGCAAAUAUAUUUUAUUGCAUUUAGUGACACAUGUUUAUCAUAAUUUUUUAAAUUAAUUGACAAAUCUGAUGUAAUGAGAUAUAUUUAGCAGUGAAAUUAAUUUUGAUUUAAUUAUGUUGACUAUGCAAUUGUUAAAUAUUAAUUUUUAUUAGUUUAUUUUUAUGCUCAAUUGCAUUUACCAGUAUGUUAAAAAGUGACUGUGAUAAAUUUAUUUCCAAUUUUGGGUAACAAAAUUGAAUUUUAUUUUUUACACAUUUGAUAGCAUUUAAUGACAAGGACGCACUUAUGAUAGUUUUUCAAUUGUUUUCAUGGAAAAUUUAUAGGACAUCUGAAAAUGAAUUCAGACAUUGAUUUUAUUAUGAGUUAACCACAGAUAUGUAUAUUGCCGCAAAAUAACUUCAAUUUUUUUGGAGUAAAAAAAUUAAUAGGUAGCUACACCACGGGUAGAAAAUUCAGACGGUAUAAGGUAAUCAGAAAGAUCCCCUACUCUGUUUCUGUCUCCGCAUCUCCCCAUCUGUUACUGUGUUUUUGGCCUUCUGUCCCAUUGCUUUCGAGCACUGACUUGCGUCUUCGAUGGGACUUCUCCUUUGGGUGGGACUUGCCCUUUUGAUAAGACUCGCCCUAUCGAUGGGACUUGCCCUUCAAUGGGACUUGUCCUUUUGAUGAGGACUUCUCCUUCUGAUGGGAUCGCAGCUGAGUGAGGACCAUUGCAGCUUCUGACAUCGAGCUCUCAGAUAGCGGACGAUUGCUCUUAUACAACAAAAACGGAGUGAACGGUCGAUGUGAGAGUGAAUAGUAGGAAGACUUCGUUGAAGAUAAUCUUAUACCGCCAGAAUUUUCUAUUGGUACUAAAGCAAUAUGUUGGAUGUACGUUUGCUGAACUUUUUUAUUUUGGACCAAAAAGUAUAGUACUUUUGUGUUGCAUUUGCAAUUGUUUAAUUACAAUCAGAAGCUGGUUUGGUACAGCUUCAUGAACUUUGUUUCUUGUAUUUGAUCAAUAUGGUGUGCAUCUUAAGGAGAUUUUGGAAGUUCUUUUGUUUUUUAUUAAGUGACAUUUUUUUUCAUUGAAAGCAUUGAUUGUAGAUUUUUGGAUCUAAUUUAAUGUUUAUUGAGUAUAGAUUUUUGGAAUUUGAUUUAAGUAUUGUUGGUAUAAAUUGAAAAGUAUAAUUCAGAGGCGAGGCGUUUGGUCAUCAAUAGAUGAUUCAAUCACCUAACAAAAUAAAAAAAUGCAAUUUAAAUAUUUUAGAGAAGAAAUGGAUAUUGGUAAAAAACCAGAUAUUUUAGACAUUUUUGUAUGCAGAUAAAACAGUAGAGAAAAUUCAACCCAAGUGAUUAUUUGGAUACAGUGCUCAUCACGUCCUGCGGAACAUCACAAAAUCCAUCAGUCAAUCCAAAUCCAACACCCUUUCAUUAGUAUGUUGAGUGCUGAAAAAGCAGUAACUUGUCAAUUACCAAUUUACUAUGGACCCUUUUUGAAUUUGCUGCGUGGAAUAUGGAUGAGUUCUUGCAAAACAUGCGAUAAACAUAAUAAAUUGUAAUAAUGCAAAAUAUAUCUUUAAAUAAUUACUAUUCAGUUUUAUUGAACGAAUUUCAGUUCUGCUUGCACUUCGUUUUCAAUGCCCAUGAAGCCAUUUCAAUUUUAACACUGCCCUUAGGAGACCAGGAGAUUUAUCUGGAAAUAACACCACCCCGCAAUAUUCCGAUCUUCUGACCACCCAUCCCUUUAGGAAGAUAGACCCAGGUACUUGAUUAAUCUGGCGAUGACCUCGCAAAAAUUCCACGCCUCGCCACUGGUUUAGUUGUAUCCAACACUUUGUUGGAUGGUUUUGAAUUUGAAUUAGAGAGGAGGAUGGACUAUACUACAACUGUGAUGGACACAGAGUUUUACUGAUUACAUUUUAUGAAGUUGAUAAUUGUUUGACAGAACAUUUACUGUGAUUACUUAUUAGUCAUUAAGACUACUUAUUCAAUUGUUCCUGUGGAAUUUUAUUUUAAGUGUUUAAAUAAAGUUUAAAAUUUCUAUAUUGGUGUUUUCUUAUGCUUAAUUCAAACAUUAGUAAAUAUAUUUAUCUG